AUGAGCACAACAUCAUCAUGGUUCUACCUGUGCUCGACGACGCGCGAGAUCUACCGAUGCGACCCCAACCCGACAGAAAGAUAUCCCCUCGUCCAUAUCUUCGCACACUGGCGUUUCCCACAUGGAGAUCUCCCGUCUAGCUGGUCGCAACUCAGAGUGCCCAACAUGCCGCCCAGCCGGGCGUUGCCUCCUCAGGGCAGUCUCACGGACGCCCUGCUCGCGCGCGACAUCUCCUGUCGCUUGACUGCUACCGUCGAAGGUACCGAGUACGCUCAUCUCGUCCCGCGUACCCAAGUCGACUGGUUUCGGCGAAAUACAAUGUUUCGCUACGGUGUAGCGCCCCGCCCCGAGAUCGAGCCCAUCGACGUCCCGCGCAACGCCCUGCUGCUUCGCUCCGACAUACACACAGUUUUCGAUCAACGUCGUUUCGCCAUCACUCUCAAGCCCUUGCCUGUUGCUAGCGACAGCGCAGCGACACACGGACUGGCUGUACAUCUGUUUUCCCCCGGCUUGUCCGAGCAAUUUGUCAAACUCUACCAUGGUGUCGCUUUGCAACCCUUAUAUGGCGUCGCGCCCGAGUACUUGUUCGCACGCUUUACCUGGACUGUUUUUGCUUAA